AUGGCACCACCAUUCCCACUAGCACCAGCACCUGAGUCUAUGCUCUUCCGCCAUCGCCAACUAGCUCCAACAGCCAAUGUGCGAGUUUCUCCAAUCUGCCUUGGAGCUAUGAACUUCGGCGAUGCAGAUAAGGCUCGUUUGGGAGAGUGCAACAAGGAAACUUCUUUUGAAAUACUCGAUACUUUCAAAGGUCUGGGUGGUAAUUUCAUCGAUACUGCCAACGGAUAUCAAGCAGGGCAAUCUGAAACCUGGCUUGGGGCGUGGAUGAAGUCAAGGGACUGCAGAGAUGAAAUGGUUCUUGCCACCAAAUAUUCCUCCCCUUAUCAGAAGCAUCAUCCCGGGAAAAUUCAAUCAAACUUUGGAGGCAACGGAACUAAGUCUCUCAGACAUUCCGUUGAAACAUCACUCAAGAGACUUCAAACUGAAUACGUAGACCUUCUUUAUGUACAUUGGUGGGAUUAUGCAACCACCAUUCCAGAACUAAUGACUUCGCUCAAUGACCUCGUUUCUUCCGGCAAAGUCAAUUAUCUGGGAGUGUCUGACACUCCUGCUUGGGUGGUAGCGAAAGCAAAUCAAUAUGCUAGAGACCAUGGUCUUCGUCAAUUUGUCGUAUACCAAGGGCUAUGGAAUGCGGCCAAACGUGAUUUCGAACGAGAUAUCGUUCCUAUGUGCAAAGACGAAGGUAUGUGCUUGAUUCCAUGGGGGACUCUUGCCCAGGGUCGAUUCCAAACAGAAGCCACCUUCCAGGAGCGUGAGAAAAACAAUCCUGGCCGUCAAGGCAAGCCUUCAGUUCUUGAAAAGCGAAUGUCUAAAGUAUUGGAAAGCAUUGCAGCCUCCAAGAACACCAAUAUUACAAGCAUCUCCAUGAUAUACAUCAUGCAAAAGGCUCCAUAUGUCUUUCCGCUUGUUGGGGGUCGUAAGGUUGAGCAUAUCAAGGGCAACAUCGAAGCCCUCAAGCUUGUUUUGACUGAUGAGGACAUGGCCAAGAUUGAUAGAGCGAGUCGUUUUGAUCCAGGAUUCCCGCAUACCUUUUUGAGUGGAUCACAGUUUGGCGAAGAUCAGGACACCGAGCACGAGAUUCCGGAUGGUGCUAAAGAUGUCUGGUUAACGCAAGUUCUGGGGACAUUCGAUUGGGUCGAGAGUUCCAAACCUAUCACACCUUCUGAGCAGAAAUAG